GUUGUGCGCCAUCUAAUCCUUGCCUUGGAGUACGCAAGCUCUCUCGGUCUCUCAGACCUUCGAUCAUGGCGGCGGUGAUGAAGCUCUCGCACUCUCCCGCCUUCUCUCCCUUCCCUUUUCCCAAAUCCUCAUCGAAGCUCCUGUCUACCACCCUAUCCUUCCCUCUCUUCUCCUCUUCCUUCUCCUCUCCUCCCUCUCUCAUCUCCCGCCGUCCACCGACCUCUUUCAAUCUCCGCAAGAGAGCGCUCCUCGUAGUCUCAGCGAUCGGUAAGCUCUCUGAGACCGAGCUUGUCUCCAUCCCGACGGGUUCCGAUGGGCUGGAGAGCAUCAUCCCCUCCUCCCCUGGCAUUUACGGCGUCUACGAUAAGAAUGGGGAUCUCCAGUUCAUUGGAGUCACUCGCAACAUCGCCGCUAGCAUUGCCUCGCAUUGCAAAUCCGUUCCCGACCUCUGCUCCUCAAUCAAGGUGGGACUGGUUGAGGAGGCUUCAGCAGAUAGGGAAACUUUAACUAAUGCCUGGAAAUCAUGGAUGGAAGAGCACAUAGCUGUGACCGGUAAGAUCCCGCCAGGGAAUGAAACCGGAAACCAAACAUUUGUUCGGCGUCCAAUGCAAAAGCCAGAUAUACAGCUGAUGCCCGGCCGGCAUGUUCAAUUAACUGUUCCAUUAGAGGAGCUCAUCGAUCGGCUGGUGAAGGAGAAACAGGUAGUUGCAUUUAUCAAAGGAUCAAGGUAUGCCCCCCAGUGUGGCUUCUCACAAAGGGUGGUCGGAAUACUACAGUCCCAUGGUGUCGAUUUCGAGUCUGUUGAUGUGCUUGAUGAGGAACACAAUUAUGGAUUAAGGGAGACACUCAAAACUUACAGCAAUUGGCCAACCUUCCCUCAAGUUUUUGUGAAAGGUGAAUUUGUUGGUGGGUGUGAUAUCAUUUCCUCAAUGGCCGAGAAGGGCGAACUCGCCUCGCUGUUUCAGAAAUAAGAGUCUGUACUAUUUGUAGAAAUUAUUGUACAUUAUCUCUUGAUUGCUACCAGUCUGUUGAUGUAUUCAAAAGAAAUGGAAAUUCAUGAAAACUUUUGAAUCA